UCUUAGUCUUUUCUAAUUAAGCAUCAUUGUGCAGUGUCUGCCUCGUGUGUGUGUGUGUGUGUGUGUGUGUGUGUGUGUGUCUGUGUGUGUGUGUGUUUCAGCGGAACCAGAGUCCAGCUCCCCUCAGCCUCCAUCUGUCUGCCUGGACAGAAACACUCUGCUGAGGACAUAUUGACAAAAUAACUCAGGAAUAUGGAGCAGAUUGGCCGGAGCAGGGUGAAGGCCUGCAGAUGUCUCCAAGAUUACUCAAUCUGUUCUAGCUUACUGUCUUAUUGAAUCAAGACCAUAAUUUACAAAGGUUCUUCCACAAACAGGGGUUUCGAUCUGCGGUCUCUGGCUGUUCCACUGGGGCUGUCAGUUGUCGACUAGCUUAAGGAGUGAUCGGAGGCUAUUUUUCGCUCCUCAGUUGAUGUACUACAAUGGAAAGUAUUGUGUGGGACCAACAUUUUCCCAGUCGGCGUGCUGACACACUGACACACAUUUUCCAAACCAAAGCCCAGCACCUUCAUGUUGCUUUAUGCAGAAAUUUCCGCUUGUUUCAUCCGACAGAACAAAACUUUGACCAAUUUCUCUUCAUUAGAUGUCGAAGAGUGAUUACACUGUGUUUGAAAUAAGGCCUAUGCUGUUCAGGGACAUCUUGCUUUUUCCCUUUUCCAAUCUGCAGCUCUCUCGUGACUUUGCACUUCCACCUCGCGUGUGUCUGUGUCAGAGAGGUUGUUUCGCUUCCUACUUCACAUUUAUUCAAAAAUGUAUAUACAGCAGCAUCGACCAAAAUCGAAACAGGAAACAGAUGUGCUCCAACCAAGUGCUGCACUAUCACAACUUCUGUUCACACCAGCUUUCACAACGUUCACAUGUUCUUUGUAAGUAAGCCUACUAAUAUUUUCCCUCAUAUGAAUGUGUUCAGUUAUCGAUUAGUCGCUCUAUAUGUUGUUUCCACUUAUACAUACAUACUUUUUCUACUGAAAUGGAGAAAGACCACAGACCACAGGGGAAAUUGUGCAACGUUUCCCAGGCGUUAACUCAGAAUACUGUGUCUAAAAGGACUCGCUUGACACAGAUACAGGUGCCGCUGCCCUCAAAGUGACUACAGUGAGGUUGAUGCUCAGGAGCUCAGCGCACUUGGAAAACAUGAACAACACCACCACCAGCUGCCAUGUAGAACACCUCCAGGGUUUGGCUUACACUCCUCUGUUCAUCCUGGGUUUCCUCAUCAACGCGGCAGCCCUGCGCGCCUUCAUCGCCAAGCGGGCCUCCUGGACGGACACCCACAUCUACAUGUUCAACCUGGCUAUAGCUGACACUGCCCUCGUUCUCUUCCUCCCCUUCAGGAUCUUUGACGCCUACUUCUGCCUGCCAAAGAACUACUUUUGCACUGUCCUCCUCUUCGUUCACUUCAUCAACAUGUACGCCAGCAUCAUGACCACGACCGCCAUCAGUGUCCACCGCUACCUGGCCGUGAGGUUCCCCCUGCAGACCCGAUUGUUGAGGAGGAAGAAGGAGGUAGCUGUUGCCGUGUGCUUGAUUAUUUGGGGACUUCUGGUGACGGGAUCCUUGAUUUUCCGAGAGCAGAACCACCCGCAGAAACUCUGGACGUGCUAUGAAAGAUGCAAGGAUCGACCGCUCAGCACAUGGUUAAUCCUGAUUAUGGUCGUCCUCGGCUACCUCACUCCACUGGUGAUCAUUGUGUUUUGUUCUCGUCACAUCAUCUCUGUUCUGUCAAAGUCGGAAGACAAGUCAGAGGAAAAGAGAAGCAUUGUUGGUCUGGUUUCAGCCAACAUGGUCGUGUUCGUCGUCUGCUACACACCGAUCCACAUUGGCUUCCUCGUCAACUACUUUUCCACUCCACCUUCGAACUGGCGGGAGGUACAUUCGCCUCCACAUUUGUUUUUACUUGUGUGUGAAUGGAUUGCCACCACAAACUGCUGCUUUGAUUCCGUCAGCUAUUACUUCUUAUUGAAACACUUUUAUUCAUAAGUCAGUGUUAGAAUUAAAGAAGUGCUCCACAGACGUAAGAUCAAGAAAUGACUUUUUAUGAUGUCAUCAAGGUCGUCUCUGUUUGGCCUUCAGACUCUUUGGGGAGGAUGAAUGAAAUACACUGUUGAUUUAUGGGAAUUGUAGGAUCCAGUGUUUCUGCAGCUUGAUACAGUCAGGGGUGUACAAUUUAGGAUGUUACAAAAUCAGCUUCUUGGAUUUAGAAUUUUUUUCAAGUGAAUCAUUCUUUUGUGAGAUCCCAAUAUGAUCAUUUAUGCAGAACAAAAAAUCCUGGGUGGCCUUUUAAAUAGGCUUUAUGCUAACUCUUUAAUUAGCACCAUGUUUUAAGUGUCUAAUACUCAGUAUUAGUGAAACAUGAAAGCAGAAAAAUCUUAGAUCUAAAAAAAAAGUAAUAUCAGAAUAAAGUAAUAUUCUAGGUGUCAUGUUAGAGCACAAAUAUCAAAGGAUCAUCUUAUCGCCUGCUCUAAAAUGAGGAAAACUGAGCAUCAUAUUAAAUUAGAACAAAUAAUUAAAUAUUUAAUCUUUAGGCAUCACAUAAUCAGGGCUUUGAAGAAAUUGUGCAAGAAACUGAAUCUAUGCUGACAGAAGAUCCACACAGACCAGGAGGGAAUUGACUGUUUAGUGAUGGAGGAAAUGUUUGCUUGUGUUCGACUGGGAGGAUUUCAUCUGUUACAUCUGCGUGAUAAGUGAGAGGGUUCGUAGAUUCUCACGAAAUAAUGGUCCAAGGGUUUGGAUCCAGAAGGAGUCGAACUUUGGCCAGCACAGUGAUAUGAUGACUUGAAAUACAUACAGACCUAAAACUCUGUCAUAAUCGGGCAUUGCUUGUGAUGAUUAUUAUUUUGUAUAUUCUAAUGAUAUGAUUUAUUCUCAGAAAAUGUAAGUUAUGUAUAUUCUAAAAAUGUAGUUUUCCACGUGACAAAGUCCAAGGUUGCUGUAUGAGCUGGUUCCCAUUAUGUGUUUUCCUUAUGCGGACAAAAGCAAGUUCUAAUAACAUAAAUCUGUGACUUUUAAGGUGAAGACAUGUUUUCAGUCUGUAUUGAGGUUUCGGUUCAAGUAAAAU